AUGUCGUGGCUAGCACUUCGGUCGACGGUACAACUCUGCAGGCGGAGGUUGCCAUGGAGGCUCUACUCUACAACGGAGAACACCUCUGUCAGCCACUCGCAAUUCCUUGCCACUGCGGGUCCUCAGAAAAAGUGGAAAGAACGAGACAACGAGGAUGGCUUGGAAGAUGGUAUCGGAAAACUAAGUCCAACGUCUUCGCACUUAUUUAAGCUCAUUCUCCCACUUGGCACUGUCAAGGUUGACGCUGAAAGCCGGUCGAUAUCCAGAGAACCAGCGAAAGAGCAUACCCUACCACCGACUGUCCUACUUCUCCACCCAGCGCAGCCACUUUCCCACAUUGCACGCCUCAUACAAGCCUCUGAACCAUUUGCCCGGGCCAACCCCCCGCCCAGUGUUUCCUUCCGGAGUGGUCAUGGCAGCCAUCGCCAUCGCCCAAUACCACGAAAUCAACUCCUUCGAUGGUCAGAUUCGACGGAUGUCGGGGAUUUCAUUCGCGACGCUGCGAGGGCAGCACAUUUUUCUGUCCACAUCACCUAUGACGACGCUGAAUCAAAUGGUGUGAUCCUCGAUGUCCAAGUUCCCACUGCUGCCGACCGCACUCGCUUUCUUCGACGAAGACUCGCUCAUGCAGAAGCUGAGCUGGCGGAAAUGGAGAAACUCAAGAGGACAUGUGAUGCGGAGGCUCAUCGUGGGGCUCGCAGAAUGGCCACUGCUGGGUUCGGAAUGCUCGUUGUUUAUUGGGGUGUUGUGGCCCGCCUAACGUUUUGGGACUAUGGCUGGGAUAUCAUGGAGCCCAUAACGUAUUUGUCUGGACUGAGCACGGUCAUUUGCGGUUAUCUUUGGUUUUUGUAUCAGGGUCGAGAAGUUUCUUAUUCCUCUGUGCUGGACACUUCCAUAUCGACAAGACGACAAACGCUGUACAAGGCACAUGGCUUAGACAUUGAGCGAUGGUCGGAGUUGCGAGCAGAGGCGAGGGCAUUACGGCGAGACAUAGGGCGCAUUGAAGAAGACUACGAGCCUCAUGAAGAAGAAGACGAGGAGGCGGAGGAGGAUGAUAAGAAAGAGCGAGAGGCAUAA